AUGGCGACGAUUCGAACGAGCGCGACGGACUCGCGGUCGAGCGAGGCGUCGAAACGACGGUUCGAAGACGUGAGCGAUGUGCUGAGCUACGACAUCGGCCGCGGCGCGCGGCGAGGGCGACGGAAUCGAGUCGAACGCACGGAGGGGGUGACACCGGUGGAUUCUACGAAUGAUUCGAAAGAAAUGUCGCUCGAACGGGCGAGACGGCGAUACGGAUACGCGGGCGCGGUGACGACGACGACGACGACGAAGGAGGUGAUGUCGCGGGUGAAGGCGCCGAGCGACGACGGGAGGAAGGAGGUGACGAAUUUAGGGGUCACGCGUGAACGGUUCGAACCCUCGCGGACGGCGGCUGAAUAUGAAUUCGUGACGCUGGGCGCGAGGAACGCGACGCGGACGACGACGAAGACGGCGAGUACGGAGAUAAAGUUUAAGGAUGUCCCGGUGACGUUGGAAGAGAGCGGGGUCAUCGGCGAGAGCGCGUCGCCCGCGGUACAGAGUUGGUCGGGAGCGAAGGCGCUGAAUCCCAAGUCUGCACCUUGGAGUUCGGCGGUGUCCGAGCGAGCGAAGAUGGCGUCGCGCGCGGACACGAUCGGCUCUCGAGACGAAGUGACGCGAAAAUUUGCGUCGUACGGUGAACUGUUCGGUUCCAAGGGGAGCGACGAUUCUGCGGUGAGAGACUCUGAUAGCACGCCAUCGGCGGACGGGGCACCCAUGGUUGACCCGAGCCUGGCGACGCGCACCGAGUCGAUUCGCGACAAGUUUCGUGACUCCACGAACGUAUUAUUGGCUGCAAAGUCAUUUGACAAGUUGCAAGUAGCCAGAGCGGCCACUCGAGCGGUGCAGAGUCCGACGCGAGACACACAAGAUACGCGAGAUACACAACGAACAUCAGCGUCGCACGGAAGCGCCUCCUUUCUUCUUCAGUAUCAACAAGGCGACGGGUCGGAAAUCGAGAGACUGCUGAGUCAUCGAAAAGGUGACCUAUUUCGCCGUUUCGGUAAAUGGCUCAACGAAAAAUUUAUCACAUUCACCGGCUUUAAGGUUGUACCAACGUUUCCCUUGGAAAAGAGAAUUGAGCGAUUCGUUAUCGGCAACGGAAUGAGACUGUAA